AUGGAUAGAAACAGCAGCAUUGCUUCCCUCUCCACUGUCUCCCCCAGACAAGGGAGGUCAAGGACGCACAGUGUUUCUAGCGAUCGACCGUCGACUAUCGGAUUCGGCCUCGUCUUGCCACCCGUGUCCGUGUCUCCCGAGCCCUCUUUCAUCGCCGCAAGCGCUGCUUCCCAGAUCAUCACCAAUGGUCUCGACAGCCAUGCAGACGCCUGGUAUGACCAAAACGGCAUCGAACCGCCGACCGAACCCGCUAUCGUGUCGGACCCUGCCUUGCAGCUGGUCAAUGGCUUCAUAGAUCAACUCUUGCUCAACUUCCUCCAACUCUCAAAAUCUACAGCCUUGCCUGCGCUUCGCCCAGCCGUCGUUGAGGUGCUUAAACCGAAGCUUGCCAAGGAUGCCAUCGGCACUGCCGACGACGAACUGAAAGAAUACCUCGGAGGUGCAAAUGAAGACGACUAUACGCAACCCGACGCGUCGAACCCCGCAAGAAAUUGGGACCUGGAACUGGUUUGGAAAAGAACGCGACUCCGCUGCAUGGUGUAUUCGUCGCUGGGCGACAUGGAAGAGGAGGACGAAGACCAGUACAUGCAGGCCGACAAUCUCGAAGUCGGGGCCCAUGAGCAAAUGUCCGACGUCAUAUCCCCCGCCGUCGCCAUCUUUCUCACGUCGGUCCUCGAAUACAUGGGCGAGCUGACACUGACCGUGGCUGGCCAAGCCGCUUACCAACGAGUCAGAUCCAAGAUUGAGAAGGAGCUCAAGGAUGGCUCUCGCGGCGCAUCUGAUCCGGCAGACUGUAUUGUCGUCAGAGACGCUGACGUGGAACGCGUUGCGCUCGACCGCACUCUGGGGCGCCUGUGGCGGGGAUGGAAGAAGAGAUUGAGGACUCCCAUCACCGACCUAGCCGGACGACAGUUCCCAAAGGCGUCUCCAAGCCCACCGACACAGGAGCGGACGGCCCCGGGAUCCGACGCUCCACCUCUGCCCAAACCUGCAGCCGGUGACAAUAACGGUCGAGGCAGAACGCCGCCUAAGCAACCACCCGUCGUCAAGGACGUCCAAGCAGCAUAUAUUCCUUUGCCCAUUCGAGACAAUGACGUGGAAGAAAUCGAGGUUCCUGGCUUGGCACGAUACAGCGACGACGAAGCUGAUUAUGAGCGGGAGCACAAGCAACGCACGCCCGAGCGGCCCAAGAGUCUGGUGCUUGUCUCGUCUAUAAUUGCCAAUGGCCUGCCAACUCCUUCCGGAUCUCAGCCGCAUACUCCUUCGAUCGCUUCCCGGAAGCGAUCCAUGUCGCUGCCGACACCUGCCGUCCCUCUGUUUCAUUUGGUAAAUCGCAAGCAAUCGCGGUCCGCUGCAUCUGACACGGGACCAGAUGAGGAAGCAGGAAAAGGGCGAGGCGUCACGGGGCGGACCAAGGCCAAAAUGUCAGCAUCUGGAACCGUCCGCAUGGCCCAGAGCCAGUCGAGCGCUGCUGUUAUCCUGAACGAAGCCUCGGAUAGUGAAAGCGCCGAAUCCGACUACGAGGAUGCUCAGGAGAUUGCUUACGAAAAAGCCGAGAUAAUGACGUCCUCACGAAUAUCGGUACCCGGGAGUUUUCAAUCGAGUGAUUCCGAUAACAUGGGCAGAGUCGGCUCGAUGAAGCGAUCUUCAAGCGUGCACUCUGCACGCAUCAUUGACGUGCAAGGACCUAGAAGUCCCGGGCGUAGCCCUGCACACUCUCGGCCAGGCUCCCUCGGGACUCUGGACCGCACUCGCAGUGUAGGCUUGUCCGGCUUGGCCGUCGCCAAGGCCCUCGCGAGAGUCGCGGCUGCAGAGGACAAGCCCAAGCAAGUCACGAGCGAGCCGAUGGCUCAGACAGCCGUUGGAACUCAAGGCGUCGGAACCGCUUCUGAGAAGAGAAACUCGUCGGCUCCGCAGACACCAUCCAUCUCGGAGCUCGACGAGGAGCAAGCACAGCGACAGCUGAGCAAUGUUCCCUCCCAGCUUGACAAGUCGCCAGAUGCCGCAGCGGUGCCGACAGCUGGCGCGACUUCAACACAAACCCGCAAAACCAAAACGGGACCGUCCCUGACCACGAACGCCAAGACUCAGGCGGGCAUUUUCGAACAAUCAGCGGGUAACGCCAGAGCCGCGACUCUGCCCGCCACUCCGCCAACGCCGGAAAUCCAGCAACUGCAAAACGUGCCCGACCUACCUCGCAAGAACCCCGGUCACGCCGCCAGAAGCAGCCCCAAGGCCGACACGAAAGGACUGCUGUCGAUUGAGCCGGCGAAAGCGGGCGAGUCAGUCGAGCUGAGCCCGCCGCUUCAGGGCAGCAGCAGCGUGCGCCAGCUGCACACGUCUGCUUCUUCUGUUUCGUCGGCAGCGUCUCGGCUCAAACCGCUGCGCACAUCGGAGGACGGCUCCAGUCGGUCGGAGAGUGUAGCUCGCAACUUUGAAGAGCUUAUCCAGAGCAACCAGACAAUCACAUACACGCUUACCCCAGAGAACAUGCGUGACAUUGAUGCGAAAUCAUUCAUAGAAGGCCCCGUCGUGACAAGGCGCAAGAGCGAAGACCCCAAGUCAUCACCUCUGGCCGCUCAGUCCAGCGCAGGCAGACUGCCCUCGCCCCAUUCGCCUACUGCUCCUGGUCCAGAGAGCAGUGCUUCGGAUAAGCCUUAUGCACCAGUUCCUCAAUCACCAGUUGGCCCGGGAGUGUCGAUUGGACGCGGAAGCGGCCAGCUUGCCAAGAACGCUCGCACGCCAGCGACAUCCACUUCCGACAUUGCAAUAUUCAUCAAAUCCACCGGGCCUGCAGACGACGACAGGUCGCGCGCCGUCCCGAGGCUCUCUUCACCUGCCAGCCCAGUCAACAGCCAAAGUGACCCCCGACGUGCCUCCACGACGGGCAGCUUCAGCCGCUCCCGCUACCAACCCCGCGGCGCGGCCGUGGACAGCAGCGUCGACAACUCGGACCUGAUCGACUUUAUUCGGCAAGGGCCGCCGAUUGCGGCGAGCAGCCACCGCAUUCCCCGCCACGUCGCUCCUUUCCGCAACACCAUGGACUCGGAUCAACUGUCUGGCGCUGGCGGCAAAGCCGUAGAUGCCACCCUGCCAGACAUGCGCAGCAGCCUGGCGUCGACCAACGUGACGGAGAGUUCCAGGCCGUCGAUACAGUCGUCGGUCAAUUCCAAGUCGGCCCUGCUCAGGAGCAGGACGUCGUCGGCUGUCCCGAGCCACCUCUUUGACGGGGACGACAUGGCGAUGCCCAAGCGCAAGACGAGGAGGGUGCGUGAUCCGUACGCCAUCGACCUCAGCGACGAGGAAGACGCGGACGGGGACGAGGCUUGCGCCCUCGGCACGCCAAAGUCGCCCGCCAGGAAAGAGGAAAGCCUGGCCGAGUUCCUGCGCAACUGCGAGCCGCCCCUGGAGCCGGCGUCGCCGCAUCCCCUGUCGGGGCUGCCCAGGAAGAAGUCCAGCGCCCCCAGCCUGGUCAGCAGGCUCACGCGCAGCAGCCGCGGCAGGGAGUCGCCGCCCUUUGGCAAGGCCGCGGACGCAAAGUCCAUCAACAGCUGCGGCGGCAGCAACACGAGGGGCUACAUCCCCAUCCAGGUCAACAUGCCCGCGGGAAGCGACGCGCACGCGCCGGCCGGCCACAGCCAGGCCGCCCGGCCGAUGGCCCCGCCCUCGCGCCCCAAGGUGCCCAUGAGGAAGUACGAGCCGCGCGAGGCCGUCGUCAAGCGCAGCCAGACGGACGACCUGGCCGACUUCUUGCGCGACUCGGCGCCGCCCCCGGCGGGCCGUUUUCCGGCGGCGGCGGAUCCGGCCCCGGCCCGGACCGAGGGCGGCAGCGGCAGCGGCAUGUCGAGGGUGUUUGGGCGGAGGAAGAAGCUGCUGGCUGCUUGA